UGUAGCGAGUCAGCGGUGACUGUGGGCUCCUCUCUCUCCCGGCAGUGUGACGAGUGUCUGUGCUGGCAGCACAGCGUGUGCCUGGGGCUGCUGGAGGAGAGCAUUCCGGAGCAGUACACCUGCUAUGUCUGCCGCGACCCUCCCGGUCAGCGGUGCAGUGCAAAAUACCGUUACGAUAAGGACUGGUUGAAUAAUGGGAGAAUGUGUGGGUUAUCAUUUGUAAAAGAAAAUUAUUCUCAUCUUAAUGCCAAAAAGAUAGUUUCCACGCAUCACCUUCUUGCCGACGUGUAUGGUGUCACAGAAGUGCUGCACGGACUACAGCUGAAGAUUGGCAUACUCAAGAAUAAACACCAUCCUGACCUUCAUCUCUGGGCCUGUUCUGGGAAGCGAAAAGACCAAGAUCAAGUGAUUGCUGGGGUAGAGAAAAAGAUAACAGUGCAAGAUGCGGUUAAUCUUGAAGAAAAGAAAUGUCAUGUGCAGAAUCAUAAGGAACCACCUCGUGUGCCCCUAAAAAUGGAAGGAACCUACAUUACAAGUGAGCACAGCUACCAGAAACCACAAAGCUUUGGUCAGGACUGCAGAGCUCUUGCAGACCCCGGGAGCUCAGAUGAUGAUGAUGUUAGUAGUCUCGAGGAAGAGCAAGAUAUCCGCGUGAGAGAGAGAAGCCGUGUACAGUACUCUGUAAAAGAAGAUGGAAUGCCUGCAAAGGUAUAAUUAGAUUAUUUGUCUUUGUUCAGAAAUAUGAUAGGUCAGCAAAGGGAAAUAAAAUAACAUACCGAGUUCCCAGAUUUUACUUAUAUGUCCAAAUUCACAAAUACUUUGCUAGGGUAGACGCUUUUUACUUUCUCUACAAGAAAACAGUGGCCAUUUGGACAUUUAGCUAUCCGCUAAUUCAGAAUUGUAGUAUUUCAGUAAACUUUUGCCCUAACAAAAGUUUCAUUUUUAUAAGCACAACUUGAUACCCACAAAAAACAUGAACCACAUUUUAUUCCAAAUGAAAGUGUUAGUAUGUGAGAACAUGAGCAUGCAUGUGGGUGUUUGUAUGUUUUAAUAUAAUUUGUCUUUCUUGUUUAUGUGUUUUAGAUAAGAGGUGGCACUUUAAUUCUCUUUUUAAAAUACUAGCAUAUUUGUAUGUAUAUAUCACUUCCAUUAUGCAGUAAGUUGAGUUUCUUAGAGCUCUAUGUACAGUAAAUAUUUAUAAACUUAUUUUCUAUUAGGAUUGUUUUAGAGAUGUACCUUCAUUUUUUAAAAAUUGAGUUUCAUUUAGUAAUGCCACUUUAAAAUUAGUUCAUUUGUCUGGCUUCCUUUAUCAAGUAAUUACUAUAAAUAAAUAUUUGAAUUUGGGAAGCUUGUAUUUUAUAAAACUUGUGGUAAAUUAUGUUGUCAAAUUAAUAUCCCUUUUAUGAAAAGGGUUAUUUCUGAGUUCAGAUUUGGUGUGUGUGCACUAAGUAGUUUGCACACUUUAAGUUUUAAAAAGACUUUUGUCUUUUUCUUGCCUCAUUGGUUUCACUGUAUUAGUCCAUUCCAGUCUACAGUUAAUUGGACUUUAUACUGGUCUUUGCCAACCUUCUUGAUGUUUCCAUAAUUGCUUUUUGCCUUCCAUCUACUUAUGUCACCAGUUUAGAUGAAUUGAGGGGAGGGGUCAGUCUAAAUUAGCUGGGCAUUCUAAUUAUAGAAUAUCAUUAGUGACUUCAUUUGUUUAUCACGUUUUAGUCAAUACCAUUGACUCUGUGUAGCACUGUGCUGCUAGGCAUUAUGGGGAGACAUAUCGGAAAUAUCUGCUCUUAAGGACCAUCAGAUGUCAUAUGAUUAUGGGCUAGACUUCCUUUAAAAAUAAACUAGGAGUUUGAUUGGAUUUCACUGAUCUUUGCGAGUGAUGAGGCUUUUAUUUAUUUUUAUUUUUUUUUUAUUAUUAUUUUUUAAAUAUAU